AUACGUGUGUAUUACACGUUCAGUUAGUAGAAAGCCGGUACAGAAAACACAAGACUGAGAUACAAAUAUUAUGAACCGUUUCUUCAGGAACUGAAAUAUGAACUUUAUUGGAUAAUAAUUAUAUAAUUGGUGUGGUUUUACAAAUCGCGUGAUUUUCUUUUGUGAGAAUUUAAUCAGAAAGGCGAAUAAAUUACAUUUGAAUCAACGCAAACUAUCUGUUAUCAACUGUGAAUUAGUGAGGUUGUCUUUCAAAAGAUAGUUUUGAAGACUUUGUUAUGUAAUUUUGCAAAAAAUCUAAAUUUUCUUUGAAAUUAUAUGCUUAUGUUUUUAAACUAUUAAACAAAAUGGCGACACUUUUUAUUUUAACGUGCUUGAUUUUCUUUGGAAUGUCGUCUGCUAAAAUAGGAUUUGUGAAAGAUUUAAAUAUGGAUGCCGAGUUCCCGCCACAGAUAAUCAAAUCAAAUCGUCGUAUUCCAGACGGCCACCUAAGACCAUUAGGAUUUCAGGGAUCGCCUGUAGGGCCCGUAGAAGAUUAUGAAGGUAUACCCGAUGCUAAAGAACUUUAUUAUGACUAUGCUAGCACGUGGAAGCCAGUAGUAUUUAGAGAUUCUAUAACAGAAUCACCAAUUUUCAACACAUGGGAAAAGGAUGACUAUCUGAAAAAAACAUAUGGACAUCUGAACAUAUCCGUUAUAACGAGAAAAGGGGCAAAGAAAGAUUAUUUAUAUCGUGAAAGACAAACAAUGAAGUUGAAGAAAUUUUUAGCUGAAUAUAUGUAUGAAGAUUGGUAUUUAGCUGGAACUGUUCCACACGACAUGAUGCAUGAAUUACCGUUACCGAAAUGUGUGCAGUGUGGUACUAUAGCUAACUAUUUACAGGAAGCCGAAUUAUGGAUGUCCAGUGGGGGAACCUCGUCCAUGUUACAUAGUCAUGAAGAUCACAACUUGCAUUGUGUUCUGUUUGGCAGAAGAGAUUUUAUACUGAUUGAAAAUAAAUAUAAAUCAGCUUUCGCUUUUAAGGAGGAAUACCCGAAUUCAGUAGCUGGUCACUCGCCGUUGGAUAUGGAAAUGAUAAACGCCUUAAAAUACACUAAGAUCGCUGACAUACCGUGGACAUGGAGUACAUUACAUCAGGGCGAUUGUAUAUUUAUACCUGCAGGCUAUCUUCAUCAAGUACGGUCAUACGGGAGAAGCAUAUCCGUAACAAUACUUAUAACACCCACGCCAGAAUUCGAUGAUGCUGGCUGUAAAAAAAAACAAUUUACCAAAAUUAAAACUCUUUCUGAUGCCGCUUUUAUGUGGACUUUUGAAGAAGGAAAACGGGUAUUAACCAAUUGGAAAAUAAAUGCUGAAAGUUUAAGAUAUAUAUUAUUAGCACAGAUACGUUCAGAAGAUAUAAUGCCUUUAGAACAGUUUACCAUGUUCUAUACCGAAGCUAUGGUGGUAAGUGAGGAAGACGUUUUACCAGCGGCUACUGUUUUCGCCAUGCUUUUUGAUGUGGGCAAACGGGAGGCCACCAGAAGGGAGAUAACCGAAUUAUCAACUGAAAAAUUAAAUCGAGUGGCAGCAGUAUUUAAUAAACCUUAUGAAAAGAGUCCAAGAAAGAAACGAGAUCAUUUACACGCACAUGAAGAAUUAUAAAAGGAAAUGAUGUGACCUUCGAAUAACCCCAAAACAACCAUUCACAUCUUAUCUUUAGAAAUAAUAGUCUUUCGGACAGGGCCGUCUUAACAGCAUUUAUCGGCCCCGGGUAAACCAGAGCAUUGGGGCCCCCAUCUACGCAACCGCUCAAGAAUAAAAAUGAAAACACUAAAUAAAAUUAAAUAUAUAUAUU